AUGGCGACCAAGCAAAACUCGAUCUGGGCGCGGGCUGAAGCGACUGCCGGUGCCAUCGCAGCGUCGCCUGCCGCUGCGCCGCCGGUUUACGACUCCAGCUCUGAUGGCCGCGGCCGCGGGAAUGGGAGCAGCCGUGCCGCUGCCUCGGUCCGCGAAUGGUCGCGUCGGCCGCAGCUCGAGCGGAAGCUCUCCACCGAGUCUAUCUCGAGCUUGUCGUCGGCGUCAUCUCUGCCGCCGAUGCCCGACGGCGUGACGGUGGCGUCGGUGGUCAAGACAUACCCUUUGCCCGACGCCACCGACGUUGAGCCAACCGUCUGGCUCAGCUGUACCUUUUCGCAUUCGCGCAAAGCUGUCGCCAGGCACAUCGAGUCGGGCUUUCGGCUGUUUGGCGGAACCCGCCGGGUGCUGGGCACCUUCUCCUGGCGGCACAAUCACAAGGUCCUCGAGUUUAAGCCUCUGCUCUCGCUCAUGUCGUCGACCUUUCACACGCUGACUCUGCCGGCGCGGUACGGCGCGCUGGACGAGUCACUCCAGUUUACCUUUCGCACCACCGUCUCCACCACGUCGGGCAUAUGAUAACACAAGGAUCAGUCGUCAGAGAGCUCAAACUGGUCGUUCCCGCCUUGCCCUCCAACCACGCCCGCCUUGGACGCUGGUGAGUCCGAGGCUGAAAUGCCGAGCGGCG